UUCGAAACUAAGGCCUAUUCAAUGAAACGCCGGGAGACGUAAACUUUUUUUUCGUCUCCAGAAUAACUAAAAAAAUUGGGACCAAAAUCCAGGGGUCUCUCACUUGGUCCUCCCCUUGUUAGUUAUGAAAACUCUAACGGUGUAGAUAUCUUUAAUAUAAUUCAAUUACAAGGAAACCUAAAUUGUUAAAUGUUUGAUUAAACAAUAUAAACGGAAACGGUGCGCAUCGGCGCGGAAGAAAGUGCAAAGAUGUUCUCUUUGAUAGAACUCCGAUACGGAAACAAACUAAAUGACUAGAGCGUUCGGUUAAAUUACCUUACGGGUCACUCAAACAGACUCGGAUACGUUGAUAACAUUUUAAGCGGAGUUGCCGUGAGGCGGCGAACUCGUGAAGCGGUCAAACGAAUCACGAUUGGCCUGCGCGACGGUCGGUUGCGAUCGCGGAAUCGACGGUGCGCGGCGUAGUGGACAGUUCCGCGAUACGCGAGAGUCGUCUUCGUUUAGAGACCUAAGUGGUCUCACCCCGCGGGGUGUUGUCACUCCGUGAAGGUAGGUUUACGAAUUGAGCCGGGGAACGGCGUCGAGUAUCUCUGACGACGGGGUUGGUCUCGAGAAUCCCCAAGAACGGACGUGCGGGACGGACGAUUCCUAUUGGCCGAGAAUACCCAGCCGCGGGAACGACGAGUAUGCCCGUCGCGGACGGUGGACGGGAUUGGCCGAGUAUUCUCAGCCGUUAGGAACGACAAGUAUGCCCGUCGUGAGAUAGUUGGAACGAGAAUGCCCGUUCCUGAGAAAGUGCUCGAGAAUACCCAAGCUAGGAAGCGACGAGGAUACCCAGCGCAAGAAAGGAGUAGAUGCGAGAUUGGUGGCUUGGAGUGAUCUGACUUCAGCUGCCUUCUGUCGGCUUAUAUAUUGGUCCACGUGGCUGGACGUACCAAUCAACGCGCGCGGCCGGGCCGGCGGAAGUGGGAAUGCUUAGGCCUGUUCUACAAUAAUCGUGUGUCGCUGUCGGGUGUCGUUAGUCGCUUGUCGCACGUUGGAUGUCGGAUGUGAAUACGACUUGCUAUUCUACAAUUGAGGGUGCGUUCCACUUAUCGCCCACAACGCUCGCAACGCCUGAAAACCCGUUCCACAUAACGACCGCGACGAUUAUGGUCGCGUUCACAACGUCAUAGAUGACGUCAUUACUCGCGACCGCAUCGAGCUCACGACGCUCAUGGUUUAUCGGUGGGUCAGCGCGGUCGUCGCUUCUAGUCUUCUGCUACGUGGUUAGAAACUCAUCAUUAAAAACUUUUCAUAAUGGAAAAGGUUUCAUUAUAUGAUCCAGAAAAAGAUGUAGUUGUAGAUGUUUAUCUUUCUCCGGAAGAUAUUUUACGUGCGCAACGAGAAUGUGCUAUAUUUUAACAUAAUAUUUUCUUGGACUUUAGAUAUGGCCUUUGCAACGUCUUUAUUAAAUGCAGCCACAAAAGAUAAAGAAUUGACAGAAAAAACAACUAUCGAACCAGACCUAACCCAACAAAUCACUGAAACAAAUACCGAAACGAGUGCCGAAACAGAAACUGAAAAUCAAAAUGAUGACACUGGUUCUCUAUAUAGAUGGUCAACAGCUGCUGUAUUGCUAUUGUUAGAUACAUAUAAAACAUUCGAAGAUAAAUUUUCUAGUGGAAAAUGUUCACAGAAAAAAAUCUGGGAGGAAAUUAGUGAUGUUCUUGCUGAAAAAGGACAUAUGAUCACGGGACCACAAUGUGCAGCGAAAUUGAGAAGCCUGAAAAAAUCUUAUAAAAGUGUUAAGGAUCACAAUAGUCGAUCAGGCAGUGAUAGGCGAACUUGGCAGUUUUAUGAGAUUAUGGAUGAAAUUUUUUCAAAAAGAGCUUGGUGCUCACCAAUCGCCGUUGCAUCAUCAACAGGACUUUCCAUUAAGCAGGACAAAGGGCCUACAUCUGAUUCAUCAACAGAAAAUCUAGUCCUAAAGGAAAGAAGUCUUAACAGAAAAGAAUCGUCAACAUCUAAAGAAAACAUAUGCAAUAUUCUUAAGAAGAGGCUUAUUCAAAAAAAUGAACAAGAAGAAGCAAAAGCCAAAAGGCAUAAAGAAAGAAUGGAAAUGGACGAGAAAUUUCUUCAAAUUUUGACCAAAAUAAGUGAGAAACAGUGAGUGCUUUAUAUUUAAGAAACUAAUAUUUUUCCGUUGAUUUUUAAAAUCAUCAUAUUAAAACUCUAUUCUAUAAGAUGUAACUUUACAUUUUUCGUAUUUUUUGUUAUUUAAAUUUAUUCAAAUUUUAUUUCAUUUAUAUAGUUUACUUAAAAUGUUUAUUUCUAAGCAUAAUAUAUUAAUAAUGACAUUGUUUUGUGUGAUAUAAAAAAAUAUUAAUUUUAUUCGUCUACGAGAGUUAAGACUAAUGUUCAAUAUAUAUCUUUAAGACUAAUGUUCGUUAUAUAAUAAUAGCUGUGUUAUCACAUAAGUUUACAUUAUAAUUAUAACUACAUCUGUAAUUAGGUUAAAAAAUGAAACGAAUUUUAUGUUUUUAUUAUAAUAUUUUUAAGUGUAUUUUUAUAAAUUUGUAAACUUAUAACUGUAAAGAAUUCAUAAUUAAAUUUCUUUUGGCAAUUC